UUACCCAAUUCUUUCCAAAGCCAUCAGAGUGCCAUCAUCCUCCGUAUCAUCUAAGCAAAGUGAUCGCAAUCGAUCCGUGUGUGCCAUAGAAGUUUAGUGUCCUUAGUUCGGUAAAUUAUGAAGCUGUUUAUUGGAGCUGUUGCCCUUCUGGUGGCCCUUGCGCACGCUGCGCCCCAAACUCGCUCGGAUGCCGGAAGCCAGAUUCUGAGCCAAAACUCCGAUAUCCAACCCGACGGAAGCUUCAACUAUGCUUUUGAAACCGACAACGGAAUCAAGAUCGAAGAUCAGGGAACCAUCCGCCGAGUGAAAGUGCCCAAGACUGACCAGACCGGAAGAACUGUUGGCGAAGAGGAGAUCCCCGUUUCGGUUCAGACGGGAUCCUUCCAAUACACAGCUCCCGAUGGACAGGUUUACACGGUCAAAUACAUCGCUGAUGAGAACGGAUUCCAGCCACAGGGCGCCCAUCUUCCAGUGGCUCCGACUGUCUAAGCAAUCGAUACUUGCUUGUAUAGAGACCUGUAAAUUUUGUGUCUGUAAAUUAAUGUAAUUAUGUCUGUAAAUAAAUUCUGUUUCAACAACAUUAA